AUGGAAGUCGUUCUUGACCCUGUUGGCUCCGAACUCGUUAAGGGGUUGCUUAAGAUACUGGGCUCCAAUGAAGUGCGAGACUUUGCCCGGCAGCUUGUUGGAGGGGUAGAUUCAGAGAUCAAAGAGCUGGAGAACAAGUUGACACGCAUUGGAAAUCUUCUUCGCAAUAUGGAAGACAAGCAACUGCCAGAUGAUAGCCAAAAGAACUGGUUUGACAAUCUUCAACAGUGGGCUUAUGAUGCUGAGGACUUACUGGAUGAGUUUGCCUACGAAGCUUUGCGACGCAAAAUGAAGGCACAACACCAGGCUAGCUCUAGCAAAGGAUUUAGCUGCUGUCUCCCAGCUUCUUUACCUAGUCCUUUGUUUGCUGUCCAGAUGGGGUCCAAGAUCAAAGAAAUCACUAGCCGGUUGGAUAAACUUCGCCAUCAAAGAUCAGAUGAACGUGAAGAUCAAAAGCGUUCUGGACUGCCACCAACUAACGUCGCUGCCCCGCAAAAACGGGAGGAAACUUCUAGCAUCCGACCUGAACAAGGUGUUUAUGGCAGAGAUAAAGAUAAAGCUGAACUACUGAAAAUGGUGAAAAAUGGUGCCAACUUUCAAGUAAUAGCAGUUGUCGGCAUGGGAGGGAUCGGCAAAACAACAAUUGCUCGUGAAGUGUACAAUCACAAGGAGUUGGAAGAUAUAGAGUUUGACAAAAAAGCGUGGGUGUGUGUUUCAACCAACUUUAAAGUUGAAGAAAUCUCAAAGGAACUUCUUGAUCAAUUCUCAAAGGAAGUUCCAAAAAAUUUCAAUGAAAUACAAGUUCAGCUGGAAAAGGCAGUAAGUGGAAAGAAAUUCUUGAUAGUAUUAGAUGAUAUUUGGAAGGUGGAGUACCCCCAAUGGGAAACGCUUAAGUCUCCUUUCGCAGCUGGUGCACCUGGAAGCAUGAUGAUCGUGACAACACGCGAUAUACAUGUUGCACAAGAAAUAAGAUGCUCUCAUACUUAUCGAUUAAGGCUUUUAUCUGACAAAGCUUGUAAGUCCUUGUUUGAGGAGCAUGCAUUUGGAACUGGUGCAUUUGCUGUUCCUAAUCAAAUUUCGGAUUCAAUUUACAAGAGAGUUGUUCAAAGGUGUGGCGGCCUACCACUGGCAGCAAAGACCCUCGGUGGUCUUCUACGCUUUAAGCGGAGCGAUGAAUGGGAAAAUAUAUUGAAAAGCAAAAUAUGGAGUACAUCUAAUGAAAGUGAUCACGUUCUCCCAGCAUUAAAGCUAAGCUAUUAUUAUCUUCCUUCCAAUCUAAAAAGAUGUUUUGGCUAUUGCUCAAUUUUUCCUCAGGAUUACGAAUUUGAGGAGAAGGACCUUGCACUUUUAUGGAUUGCUGAAGGUAUUGUUCAACCAUCUGAGAAGCAACUAGAUGAGGCAAGUGAGUGUUUUCAUAAAUUAUGUUUAUGGUCGCUCUUCCAACAAUUAAGUAGCGAUAGUUCUAAAUAUGUUAUGCAUGAUCUUGUUCAUGAUCUUGCUCGAUGGGCUUUUGAAGGAAUCGGUUUUAGAUCUGAGCAAAAUAUUUUUGAGCCAUCAAAAAAUUUUGAAAAAGUUUGUCAUUUUACUUAUGAACCUGAUCGUUGCACUAAAAUAAAUAAAUUUAAAGCUUUGGAAAAAGCAAAAAGUCUAAGAACAUUUUUGCACGUAAGACAUGGAUGGUGUGGUUUUAUAAGUGCUAUAGUUAUUUCUAAUUUGUUGCCAAAGUUAAAAAUGUUGAGAGUACUAUCUUUUGAAGGAUAUCGAAUCAUUUAUUUACCUGAUUUAAUUGGGGAUAUGAUACAUUUAAGGUAUCUCAACUUUUCUAAUACUAAGAUAAGAAGUUUGCCUGAGUCAACAUGCCAAUUAUUUAACUUACAAACUUUGCUAUUGAAAGAUUGUUCUAAUCUCAUGAAGUUACCUUCCAAAAUGAGAUAUUUGACUAAUCUUUGUCAUCUUGAUAUAAGUGGUCAAAAUUCAUUGAGAGAGAUGUCAUAUGAAAUGAAAAAGUUGAAAAAUCUUCAAGUGUUGUCUAAUUUUAUUGUGGGAGAGGAUACACGUUCUUAUUUGGAAGAUUUGAGGAGUUUAAGUUUUCUUCGAGAGCUUCACAUUUCAGAAUUACAGAAUGUGACAGAUCUAAAUCACAUACAAGAGCAAAUACUAAGCAAUAAGAGCAAACUAAAAGUGUUAAUACUAGAAUGGAGAGAUCAAGUAAACUCACAGGCAACAGAUAUAGAAAUGAAUCUACUUGACAAGCUAAAGCCUCCUAUCAAUUUAAGAGAACUCACAAUUAGAGGUUAUGGUGGUGAAAGUUUUCCAUCUUGGUUAGGAGAUUUGUCAUGGCUCUCUAAUUUGCGUGUGUUUACUAUUGAAAAAUGUCCCCAACUUAUUGGAGAAGUUCCUAAUUAUUUUUCUUCAUUAGAAAGAUUUGUUAUUAAGGAUUGUCCAAAGUUGGUGGUCUCAUUAUCAAAUUAUCCUAUAGGUUGCAAAUUAGAAAUUAAUAAUUGUAAAGGAAUGGUAUGUAAUGAUGGUUCAAUUGAUUUUGAGAAUUUGGAUUCUAAAUAUCUUGCAAAUAUUUCGGCAAUUGAAGAUAAACUAAAGAAAGGUUUUCAAAGAGUAGAUCAUUUGAAGAUUGCUCAUAAUAAAGAGAUUAUAGAAUCAUGGCAAAGUUUGGAAAACACCAAUUUUCUUUCCAAUAUAAAUUCUCUUGAGAUUAGUGAGUGCCAGAAUCUAAGAUUUAUUGGAAGGGGCAUGCUACCAUCAUCUCUGGAAGAAUUUCAUAUUAAUUCCUGUCAGAGUCUAACAUUCAUUGAUAGCGAUGUCUUACCUUUAUCUCUAAAAAGGCUUAUGAUUAGAGGAUGUGGAGAACUGAUAUUUUUGAAGGAUUUAAGUGUUUGUACUCUUAUUAAGUACAUAAAUGUUUUUAGGUGUAAAUCUCUGAAGUGCAUAUCAUUAGAUGGUCCGUUGCCUGAGACACUCAACCAACCAUAUGUUAGAGAUUGCAAAGCACUGGAAACAUUAUCAUCUCGUAGAAAUGAGUACCUCCCUAAGGCACUUACAUCCAUCUAUAUCAGCAGUUGUGAAGAGCUAAAGUCAAUUGGUGAGUCCUUUGAUAAUAGCACGUGUCUUAAAAAUAUUACUUUAUGGGGUUGUGAAAAUCUUGAAUCCUUACCUUUAGGUCUACACCAUCUUCCUUGCCUUGAGUCUAUUAAAAUAUGGAAGUGUCCAAAAUUAUCGGUGAGAGAAGGUGUUCCCACCAGCCUUAGACAACUCUUAAUUAAUGAAUGUGAAGAUGACAAGGGAAUGGGAAUGAGAAUGCUCACCUUUCCAAUAAAGUUGCGAAUUGGAGAACUCCCACAGCUUAAAUCCAUCUCAGGCCUGACCAACCUCACCGCUCUUGAAAAGUUGGAUAUCAGUUCACUCCCACUGCUUGAAUCCAUCUCAGACCUGAACAACCUCAACUCUCUAAAAGAGUUGCUAAUCGAAAACCUCCCACAGCUUAAAUCCAUCUCAGACUUCACCAACCUCACCUCUCUAGGAGAGUUGUACAUCAAAGGCCUCCCACAGCUUGAACUAAUUCCAAAUCUCAGUGGCCUCACCUCUCUAAAAAAGUUGCAAAUUGAGAUACUCCCACAGCAUGAACUAAUCCCAAAUCUCAGCGGCCUCAACUCUCUUACAGAGUUUUUGGAAAUCCGCGAUCUCCCACAGCUUCAAUCAAUUCCAAGUCUCAGCGGCAUCACCUCUCUUGAAAGUUUGGAAAUCCGUGAUCUCCCACAGCUUGAAGCAAUUCCAAAUCUCAGCGGCCUCAUGUCUCUUGAAAGUUUGGAAAUCAUUGAUCUCCCACAGCUUGAAUCAAUCCAAGAUCUGAGCAACCUCACCUCUCUUACAGAUUUCAUAAUUUCCAAUUGCCCAAGGAUCAAAUUAAUUCCAAGUCUGAGCAGCCACACCUCUCAUGAAAAAUUGAGGAUUGUGGAUUGCCCAAACCUCAGAUCCAUUCCAGAUCUUGGCAACUUCAAAGAUUUAUCAGUUGAGAAAUGCCCAAAACUCAAAUCCCUGCAAACCCUACCAUCCUCACUUCAGUCUGUACAUAUUACAGAUUGUCCACUGCUUAUAAAACGAUGGAAAAAUGUUAGGGGAAAAUAUUCCUCAAAGAUUGCUCAAAUUCCUGAAGUUGUAAUAGAUGGCAAAUUCAUCUACAAUUCAAAGGAGUACGAAGUGAUGCUCAAUAAGAAUCUCUCAGUUAUAGCUUGUCCAGGUGCCACUGUCUCCAACUUAGACAAGCAACCGUUAGAACCUAAUCCUGGCAUGUCUAAGUUUUCCGGAUCUAAACUUACUGCAUGUCUGCUUGCUGAAAUUCGAAUACUGAGAUUGUAUCUUCUAGCUGUUGCAACGGUUAAUCAAGCAGCAUUUUUCCUGCUUAUGUGUAUGUUGCAGGGUGCUACAGACCUGGAGUUUUGCCUUGAAGCUGCUGUUCACUGCUGCUGGAUUAGUGGUAUCAGGAUGUCUGCUGGAGAUUUUAAUGUGUUUGGGGAUGAAAUACAUGCUGAAGAUGUGGUACUGGGUUGGCUCUUCCUCGCUGCUGCACUCCUGUUACUGGACUAA